UUAUAUAAACUCGUGUCUAAACUAGUUGAAAAUCUAGUUAGAAUAAAGUCCUCACCUUUCUUCCAGUCGAAACUUCUGAAAAUCAUGAAUUUUUCAGGGGUCUUCUUUCUCUUCUUCUUUCUUCUGUCUCCAGCUGUGAGCUAUGGUUCAGGGUCGGAUCUCAAGUCACUAGCUCGUGGGAUGCUCGACGCAGCCAAGGAUCCAGAGUUCUUCGAAUGGAUGAGAGGAAUCAGGAGGAGGAUCCACGAGAACCCGGAGACUGGGUUUCAGGAGUUCGAAACGAGCCAGCUCAUUCGAGACGAGCUCGACUUACUCGGAGUGAAGUAUAAAUGGCCUGUAGCGAAGACUGGCGUGGUGGCUUGGAUUGGAUCAGGCUCCACACCCGUUUUUGGACUCAGAGCCGACAUGGACGCACUUCCGUUACAGGAAUUAGUGGAGUGGGAAUCGAAGAGUAAAGUGGAUGGAAAGAUGCAUGCUUGUGGUCAUGAUACUCAUGUUGCUAUGCUUCUUGGUGCUGCUAAGCUUCUUCAGUCUAGAAAACACCUCAUCAAGGUCUCUCUCUCUCUCUCUCUCUCUCUUGCUUUGAUUAAUUUCUUAAUUAGAGUUAGUGAUUCUGAACCAAUCAAAAUGUCAACUUUAUAUAAAUGGGCCAGACAACAUUGAUAUGUUACGAAUGAAACAAUAGUUCAAUGUGUAAAAACAAUAGUGAUACUAGAUUUUGACCCGCGCUUUUAAAGCGCGGGAUAUUUUACGAUGAAAAAUUUCACUAAUAAUUUAACAAAUAUUUUGGUUAUUUUUA